AUGAGCCUCUCCCCGUCCGUGUGCUCCACGUGCUCUGUGUAUCGGUGGCAUGAACAGCGAUUGCAGUCUCUCGAACGGAGGCCUUGUUCGCGACGCAACCACUGCCACGCUGGUCAGCGGCUGUCGGCAGUGCUGACCGUGGCAACGCUGCGAUGUUGUUCACGCGCCGAUCGGCUUCGCAACGCUGCCCGAGAGUCGCAUGCAUCGCACCGGCCGCAGGAUACAGACUUCAAGCUUCAGGAUGCGGCCAGGGAAGCCAGGGUGGUCUUUUGCAUCCUUUGCCGCGGCAGCAGUUCCAAGGAUGCCUGGCCGAAGUCGCCGGAGGGUGUCAGAAGCCUGGGAAACACUCGGGAUGACGUGGCCCGGUCUCUGAUGGCGGCGCUUGGCCGUGACUCUCCGGAAGCUGCCGUGGUGCUCGUUUUUGAAGACACGCGGCAGACACGCAGCCGGCAAUGGUGGGUGCUGACAAGUGGCUUCUUGGAGCACGAAGUGACGGAGUAUUCGGUGCUGCGGCAGUGCCAGCGGCUGGCACAAUCUAUCCACGACGAGCACAGUGCAGACGACGAGAGCGGUCGGCGCGCGGCCUUGGAGGCCAGGCCACAUGGUGCUUGCCUCCUCCCAAGCCGAGACUCGCUCCAGGAGACAGCUGCAACUUUAUUUGAAGCACUAGGAUGUGAGAACUCAGUGCUAGUGCUUCUGGACGAAACGUUUCCUCCACUGCCAGUGACUGCACCGUCAGCAAGCGCAGACGUUCCCGAAGCUCGGCGAGCUGUCUUCGUGCUGGGCCUGCGGGAAGAGCUGAACACAGAGCAGCUCGAGUGCUUCGCACGGGCUGCCGUCGAAAAGCGAUGGAGCGUCUUGCGCUUGAGCAUGGGUUGGGUUGGCGAAUUCACAUCGAAGGUAGUGGCACGCUUGCAGGCCUUGCACAGCUGUCAGCAGCUCCUAAAGUCACUGGGGGUUCUCAAGCAUUGGAAGCAGACGGGUUCAUUGAACACACUCCAUGGAUGGCCUUGUCCGGAUAGUCGUGAGCAAGAGCUCUUUUUGCGUGACGGGCCACUGGUCCACUUCUGUCUGCCGGUGCAAGCACCGCUGCAAGAGCUGUCUUGCGACCCAACCUCGUCGUCUGCAGCUGCAUGUAGUCUGCUCGCACGCAGUUGCAUUGCAGGACUCUGGCGGGCGCAUCAUGCAUGGGAUCGGUGCAGGCUUUCCUUCGCUUUCACAUGUGGUGCAGUCGUAACCGUCACGCGCCGCUUCAAGGGGCGCUUCCAGGGGCGAAGGGCCACCGAGUAUUGCGUGCUCAAGGAACUUCGGGAGCUUGUUGAUGCUGCAUUGCAGGAGCACAUGCAGAAGGGAAACCUCGCGAAAGCAGCUAUGCCGGGAAGACGUGCCUGCACUGUGCAGCUGCCAACGAAUGGUCUACUUCCAACUCUGCCCUACAGACGAGAUGGCACGCUGCAGCUGUAUUUGGAGUCAAGGAGCGACGUGCUGUGCAGUGAAGUGUCCGCGUCGGAGUUGCUCCAGGCUUUGUGGAAGCCUCUCGCAGAGAAGGAUGCUCCAAGCUGCAUGGUCUGCUUGGUCCUAUUCACCUCGAGAGCUUCGUCCCCAUUCAGGUUUUCUGCUGACUGGCAAGGGGUCGCAAGUCCUCGGCUCCCAGACACGGAUCACUUCACACUGCUUUGCGCGCUGCAGAGUGCGCUGCUCGGCGCAGAUGGCAGUGGCGCGGAGCUUCUGGCGCAAGCUGACGUCUUCUGUGUUUCGGAGAAAAGGAUGCGCAUGCCACGGGAUGCUCUCCAGCUGUACCAAGAGUUCAGGGGCAACCUUGCCGCCAUCGCAAGACCGGCUCAAGCAGGAACAUCGAUCGAAAUGACGCUCUCAGUCCAGAUUACCCAUCCCAGGUUCAACAACAUCGCGCGCGAAUGGCGCUGUAAGUGGUCUGCUGACGGGGAGAAGGCUUCCCUGAAAGCUGCGCAAGCCGCACUGGAAGAAGUUUUGCCAGAGAUCAAGAAGGUGGACGGCCUAGGCAGCGUGCAGCGCGUGGUCUGCGGCGGUUGCUUGGACUUCAAGGUUGUUGUGAAGCUGCCGGCAGACAAGUUCGGCGACUGGGAGAAGACCAAAUUCGCACCAGAGGAGGCAUUUCUGGGCAAGCUGAAGGGCAUUGAGGGAAUUUCCAUCGUCGAGACGCAGACCUACACCUUGGAGGAGGUUGUGGAAGUUCCCCGAUCGAAGAUCUGA